AUGCCUGGGACGCGGUCGAUGUCUGCGGAAGACUUGAGACGCCAUGCAGACGGAUUCGUUGACUUUAUCAAUGCAUCUCCGACACACUAUCAUGCUGUUCGCCAAUUGACGGCGGAUUUAACAGCAGCGGGUUUCCAACGACUUUCAGAGUGUCGCGAUUGGUCUACAAGCAUCCGACAGGGCGGCAAGUACUAUGUGACGCGCAACGGAACAUCUGUCGUUGCAUUUGUCGUUGGCGGCGCUUAUACAUUGCCAGGCCCGAUCGCUAUGGUUGCAACGCAUGUUGACAACAUCAAAUGGACCGUCAAGCCAAUCUCAAAGCAAGUCUCGCUUGGCUAUGAGCUCCUCAAAGUCGCUCCAUAUGGUGUAGGCGGUGGUGCAGUGCCGCUGACUUGGUUUGAUCGCGACCUAGGACUCGCAGGACGAGUCUUUGUCCGUUCAGCAGAUGGUAAAGUGGUCUCCCGUCUGGUACGGUUGCCAUUUGCCUUGGCCAAGAUCCCGUCGCUUGCAGAACACUUUGGUGCUCCUGCUGAUCCGCCAUUCGAUAAGGAAACGCAGAUGAUUCCAGUGAUGGGCUUGUCAAAUGAUCCAUACUUUGACGGCCAGGAUCAGUGCGAUACACCGCAGCUUCUGAAACCACAGCAAAAUCACUCGACACGCCUGCUCAAAGUACUUGCACAAGAAUUGAACAUCUCUGCAGAUGCUAUUGUAGAUUUUGACUUGGAGCUAUUCGACCAUCAGCCAGCAACACGCCUCGGCCUCGACGGAGAGCUCCUCAGCGUCCCGCGCUGCGACGACAAGCUGUGCACGUACGCCGCUCACUCUGCAUUGCGGUCGCUAUCUACAGAAUGGAUCGCGCAGAGUCCCCAGAUCAGUAUGGCAGCGACGUUUGACAAUGAGGAAAUUGGCUCAGAAACACGCUCAGGUGCAGCGUCCAACUUUGCAAAGCUCGUCAUUCAGCGCAUCCUCUCUGCACUGAGUCCUGGGUACUCGCCAGAUGAUCUCUUCGGUGCAACCAUGGCACAGAGUUUCCUCGUCUCUGCAGAUGUCGAGCACGCCGUCAAUCCAAACUUUGCCGAUGCAUAUGGCCUCAAGCCACGGCUGAGUACGGGCCCUGUCCUUUGCUUUGAUGCGCAAGGCAAUGUCACCACUACAGCCUUUGGAUCCUCAUUGAUGCAAGACAUCGCAGCACGCUGUGGUAGCACCCUCCAACUCUCGCAGAUACGUAAUGGGCAACCGUCAGGUGGGACCAUUGGUCCUAUGCUCUCUACGGCACUCGGCGUGCGUGCAGUUGAUUUGGGCAUCCCUCAGCUUGCCAUGCAUUCUAUUCGAGCAACGACGGGUGCUGAUGACCCUGGACUCGGUGUCUGCCUCUACCAAGGCUUUUUUGAGCAUUUCGCAAGUGCAUCGCGGAAUCUGUUUGAAGAAGAGGACGAAAGCGACUAAAUGACAAAA